AUGUCGACCAGUAAGCAUUUCUUACCCGCGCGCCCUGACCAUAAUGUAUUUCCUAAACACCCAGCACCAACUAACAAACGUCUCAGAUGGGGAUUUGACCCUGACCUCUUCUUCGAUACUGACGGCCGCACCUAUCUCACCACUACCCUAGGUUCCCAAUUCGCCGACCCCGACUCCGGUUACUUCGCAAUCUGGAUCUCUGAGAUUGAUAUUAAAACCGGCAACGCGCUUAGCGAAGCCAGGCUCUUCCAUGUCAGUGACUUGCCGCUGAAUACGCCGAGGCUUGCGGAGGGGAGCCAUUUGUUCAAGCAAGAAGGCUGGUAUUAUUUGCUAACAGCGGAGGCGGGUACCGAGGCGGGUCAUAGGGCUAUGAUUUCCCGCGCAAGAAGCCUGAACGGGCCUUGGGAGGCAAAUCCGCAGAAUCCAAUAUUGUACAAUGGGCACAAUAUGUCAAAUCCGAUUCUAGCCACUGGCCAUGCCGAUUUCGUUAGCACCCCCACCGGCGAUUGGUACGCUGUCUUCCUAGGAACUCGUCCCCAAAAUCCUGCCAACAGCACUGGCAAGAAUCAGCUAGGCCGGGAGACGUUUAUGGCCUCUAUGAAGUGGGUAGAUGGGUGGCCGGUGAUUAAUAAUGGAAAAGAUAUCACGUUUGAGAUGCCAGGAUUGUACGAUCUUGAGAGACCGAAGAAGUGGAGAGAUGAUUUCGGUGGAAAGUUGGGAGAUAAGGGUUAUUACACUCCGAGAACACCCUAUAAAAAGUUUUAUAGCCUGGAUGAGAGACCGGGAUGGCUUAGAAUCAAAGGGAAUCCAUAUACGCUGAGUGAUAGGGAGACUCCGGCUACUCUGAUGCGAAAACAGGUAGACUUGGGAACCGUUUGGAGUACUGAGCUUGACUUUAAGCCUACCAAUCCCCGCCAUGAGGCAGGCGUCACAAUAUUUCUUUCUAUUCAUUACCACAAUGAGAUAGCCAUCACACUCCACCCCGAGACUAAAAAGCGAGUUAUUGCAGCAAAGACCCGCACGGGGGUAGAUGCAUCACUAAAUACAACGUACGCAGAGAUCCCAGAAACUGGGACAGUGAAGCUAUAUAUCAAGGCAGAACCGUCCAAAUACUCACUUGGAUAUGCCACGGGUAAUGGACAGCCAACAUAUAUCGCAGAAGUAGAAAACCAAUGGUUACAGGCGUAUUUGCCGGGGUGGCAGGUAUUCACAGGGUCAUUUUUCGGCGUGUAUUCGACAGCUGGGUUAGGGUUGCCGAUGCUUGUGCCUGCGGUAUGA